AUGUCCCUCCCCACCAUCCCCGCCGACACAAUCGACGAUCUCAUCUACGACGCCCGCGCCGGCGAUCUUGACUCCCUCAAAACCACCAUCUCGGAACUGAGCGCCUCCUUGCAAUGCACGCCUGCGCAGAUCGUCGCCGCGACCGUUGAUGCCGCGCCCGAGGCAGAGGGAGGCACGGGAUGCUGUCUGUUGCAUUAUCCGGCAGCGAAUGGAAAUUUGGAAAUCCUAACGUACCUCCUCACCACCCUCACAACGCAACCCUCGGAUCAAACGACCACGCAAUCCAUCCUCAACCACAAGAACCACUCUGGAAACACGCCCCUGCACUGGGCCGCGCUGAACACGCACCUUGAAUGCGUCAAGGCGCUGGUGGAAGCCGGCGCGGACAUCGCGGUCACGAACGACGCCGGUCUGGACGCUGUUUUCUUGGCCGAGAGGGCCGAUUGGUCGGCUGUGGAGGUGAAUGAGGCGAAUGCUGCUGCUGCGGAUCAGGAGAUGGAAGAGGAAUCGGGAGAGGCGGAGGUUGAGAUGAAGGAUGGGGGGGAGCAGAAGGAGCAGGCGCCGCCGUCGAAGGGCAGACAGGUCGUGGAGUGGUUGUUGAGUUCGGAGAAGGGAGGUGAGCUUGAGAGUGGUGUUGCGGAGGGGGAGAGUGCGAAGAAACAAUAG